CAGUCGACCUAGUAAGCCAGAAACUUUUGAGAAAUCAAAACUACGAUUAAUUUCCGUCGCUAUAGAAUCGGUUGCAUGUGGCACGUUCAUCUGUUGGCGAAGAACCCGAGCCGCAUUUGCACACAGGUGCUGAUCGCGUACGGAACGGGCGUCAAGAUCUUAUUCUGAUCCGAUGUCUUCCUCCGAGCACGAAGUCCCGCUCUGCCAGAGCAUCUGCCUCUUCCUCCAAGACUAUGGGUUGGAUUGGAAGUACGCAGUAUUCAUAGCGGACGUGUUUCUACUGCCUCUGGAGAUAUUUGGCGACGCAUACCUGUCCCUCCCACUCACCGUGCUGCAAGGCCUUUCCCAAAAGAUGUGCCUGAACAUCGACCUAGGCUGUCACCUGAUGAACACGGUGGAUGGUCUGAAUGCAAAAAGAAUUGCUGCUUACAUCAUGGAUCUCGUUAGAAGUUGUGGUUGUACCGGGCAUAAUGGAGGGGAAUUUGCCUUAAGGCCGCAUUUCUAAGGAGAGGAAGAGUAGUAACCAUCAGCAUAAUCAGGAUUCCUCUUGAGUUAAUUAUAACAAAAAAUAUUUUUCACUUCAGAGUAUAUUUGUUCACACACACACACAAAAGUCACGAAAGCAAAAACAUUUUACACAUUUUCAUGGACAGAUAUUCAUGUAUAAAAAUUAGUGUGUGUCUGUGUGUGUUUGGAGUUGGGGUGGGGUGUGCACGUGCAUGUGUGUGUUUAUACAUAUCUAUGGUGUACAAAUCUAAGGAUAAAAGCUUUCACUCUUGAUUUUAAACACACCAUUGGCCUAUACGUGUCUCCUUUUCCUUUACGCUGAAUUUCGCUCUUUUGUUUUCCUGAUGUGCAGACGAUCUUGUACACAAUAAAAAGCGUGAAACAAAAAAGUUUAUCCUUUGA